GGGCCGAAGAUGUCGGCUCGGUCAUGAUCAGCUGUGUCCAAUCACAGCUGAUCGCAUGCAUUUCUCUCCACACAAGAUGUCACGCUGCGGUAAUCCGCAUCCCUCAGAGGGGACAUGUGCACUGAUCAUCAGGGCACUGAUGAUCAGUGUGCCCUGAUGAUCUGUGUAGCCCCAGCAGUGCCACCUGUCAGUGUCCAUCAAUGCCAGCUGUCAGUGCUUAUCCGUGCCACCUGCCUGUGCCCACCAAUGCCACAUCAAUGCCACAUAUCAGUGCCUACCAGUGCACAUCAAUGCCACAUAUCGGUGCCCAUCUGAGCUGCCUUUCAGUGUCUUCCAUCAGUGCCAGUCAGUGCUACCUAUCAGCGCCAGUCAGUGCCACCUAUCAGUGCUGCCUAUCAGUGCCAUAUAUGAGUGCUGCCUUUCAGUGCUCAUCAGUGAUGCCUGUCAGUGCCCAUCAGUGCCACCUACCAGUGCCUCCUCAUCAGUGCCCAUCAGUGCAGCCUAUCAGUGCCCAUCAGUGCAGCAUUAGCGCACAUCAGUGAAGGAGAAAAAUCAGUUAUUUACAAAAUGUUAUAACAAAAGCUAAGAAAAAACGUUUCUAUCC